CCAAUGAGGGCGGCGGUAAAACGGACUAAGCUAGCCUGUCCGGAUACUCGACUUCCACCUCAAACCACAAGUCGAACGUCGUCUUCGUCUCCCAUCGCGACUCUUGGUACCCCCCUCCACUCUACCCCAGCACACAAUGUUCCUUCGUUCCGUUACUCGCGCUGCUGCUCGCAGCUCGGCUGUGCCCACCACGGGCCUGCGCUCCUACCGCACCGUUUCGGGCCCAAUGGCUUGCCUGAACGCUCGUCCUCAGACUGAGAAGAAGUCUAUCGCUCCCCAGCAGACCCGCGCCGCCUCCGAGCAUGCCAUCUCGAAUCCCACACUCGCCGGUAUUGAGAAGCGCUGGGAGGCCAUGCCCCCUCAGGAGCAGGCCGAGCUGUGGAUGCAGCUGAGGGACCGCAUGAAGGUCGACUGGCACCAGAUGACUCUCCAGGAGAAGAAGGCCGGUAUGCUGCUUUUUCUUGCCCCUUUCCGCUAUCUUCCCCGCGUCCAGCAGAAUUUUGCUAACAUGGGUAUUUUUUUUCUUCUUCCCCACGAUUUAGCCUACUGGAUCUCCUUCGGACCCCACGGCCCUCGCUCUGUGCCCCCCAAGGGCGAGAACCUCAAGAUCUUCUUCAAGGUCGCCCAGCUCACCCUUGUCAGCUUUGGUAUCUUCUACAUCAUCCACUUGUUCGCCAAGCCCCAGCCCAAGACCAUGACCAAGGAGUGGCAGGAGGCCUCCAACGAGUAUGCCAAGCAAGAGAACAUCAACCCUAUCUACGGUAUCAGCUCCGUGGGUUACGAGGGCAAGGGCUUCGUCCAGAGCCCCCCUGCUGAGAAGCAAUAGAUUGCCCCCAUCCCUCGGGAGGAACAGGUCGCACGACCUUUGAUGACGCCGGUUCUGUGCCCAUCAAUUUUGGACACGAUCCUUCGCCUCUGUUCUACUUGUUUGUCAAUGUUAGCCCAAAAAGACCUCUGUAUCUCGUACUGUGCAAUAAUCAAUUAUCUCCUUUGUAGCCAUAGAAAGAUCAGACUGCAGGUUCUUUCGUGUUACUCCUGUAAAUGCUGUAGAGUAUGUGGGAUAAGGAAAUUGUAGA